AUGAGACGCGUGUUCUCUUGUUUAUCUAAUGUUGGUUUAAAAAAUCAGAAAAUUUUUUCUUUAAAUCAUAGAUUAUACUCAGCAACACCACUUAAAGAGGGAGAACCAGCUUCACCACCUACUGAAGAGAGAGUACUUUCACCAAAGAUAAAGAAAUUAGUUGAAGAGAUAGCUAAUUUGUCAAUUUUGGAAGCCUCUGAUUUAAAUUAUGGACUUAGAAAGAAAUUAAAUCUCCCUGAAGUAUCGUCUUUUCCUCCUGCUGGUAUGAUGAUGGCUGCCUCCUCCCAAAAAGCUGAAGAAAGUUCUUCAGAAGAAAGUGCCGAUAGUCCACCUCAAAAAAUGUCUUUUUCUGUUAAAUUGACAAAAUUCGACGAAUCAAAGAAGAUUGCUCUUAUUAAAGAAAUGAGAAACAUAAUACCUGGAUUAAAUUUAGUACAAGCAAAGAAAUUUGUCGAGACAGCUCCUGUUGAAAUAAAAGGUGAUUUAGGUAAGACAGAAGCUGAAGAAUUGAAAGCUACAAUUGAAAAAGUUGGUGGUACUGUUGAAAUUGUUUAA